CUCAGUAAUAGCAGAGGCCUAGCUAGGCCAUAGGCUACUUCUCUUUUUUUCUCCCAUGCACUCGGUAGCGCAUUCUGCAAACGUAUUCCUUGCCGGUUCUUCGCUCGAAAGGCGGGAUCGCAAUGGGAAGGGCGUUCUUUUAGCGGUCAGAUGUAGCGUAGUCGUUAAGGGGUGGGUCCUCGGGUGCGCUGGAAAACCCACCUUUUUCAUUGUUUGGAACUUCAUGGAAUGUGAUGGUUUGAUCUUACGGUGCCGGGAGGGGGAGAAAGUGAGAACCGACCAAAAGUUGUUCCAGAAAGUAUUUUGAGUACUUUAUCGUUUAGCCUAACUAACGCGAAAUAGGACGUGUUUUCCAACUCUUCCCUGAUUCUCCGCAGUGACAAGAACAACGUGGGGCGAGCAUUAUUGGGUGAAAUGCCACUUUAAGGUCUGACCUACUAGAUGAAGCAGCAUUGAACCAGACGUGGAGAGAAAGACACAAGCAGACACAAGCAGACAGGCAGACAGAGACAGAACUCACUCACAGUCACUGGCUGGGAAAGGAUGCAUCCCUGGAAAAUGAUAAUUUAUCCGCAUCAAACGUAGAAGAAAGAGAGACAUCAAAGAAGAGAGUGUGUCUAAACUCACUGGACACAUUACAUAAUAGGAACCAAGUCUUUUAGAUCCCUGCGGUUACAGAGAAGGGACUGACCACGCAAAUGCAUACCUCCCAAACAGUUGUCAAAUAAAAAUCUUGCUCGGGUAAUAGCACCACACAACACAAACACCACACAUCACCACAGUAGCCAAUCAAUCAUGUCUGAGUACAAAGACACCACCAAUCGCCACUUGCGUCACAAGCUCCAGAGCCUGGGACGCCGGCUGGAUGAGCUGGAAGAGGCCACCAGUAAGCUCCAGAAGGCUGAGGAUGAGCUGCUGGACCUCCAAGAUAAGAUCAUCCAGGCUGAGGGCAGCAAUUCGUCUCUGCUGGCCGAAGUUGAGACGCUGAGGAAACGAGUGCUCAAGAUUGAGGGCAAGGAUGAGGAGAUCCGCAAGGCUGAGGACCUGUGUCGUUCAGUCCGGGAGAGGCUGGAGGAGGAGGAGAAGCUGACGAAAGGACUGAGGGUGGAGAUUGAACGACUGCAGGCAAGAAUGGCUGAGCUGGAGAAGCUUGAGGAAGCUUUUGGGAAGUGCAAGUCUGACUGCACCCAGCUGUGCCUCAGCCUUAAUGAGGAGAAGAACCUCAACCGCAAGCUCUCCACCGAGCUGGAGGCCCUUAAGGCUCGCCUGAAAGAGGUGGAUGCCUCGGAGGCCCGUCUGGACAAGGCCGAGCAGGCCCUCACCGCUGAGAUGGAGAGGCUCAAAGGCCUCACUCAAGCAUUCUUGAGUGAGAGGAAGAGGCUUUUGGAGAAGCAAAGGGAGGACCGUGAGUUGAUCCUGAAGCUUACAGACAAACUUGAGCAGCAAAAGAACCGGAUCAGCUCAGCAGACUAUGGGUGCAGGGAUUCUAGGGAUCUCCGCAUUGAGGAUGAACUCUCUACAAGCCUCACCAGCAAACUCACCAGGAAGAAGAGCCUUGACUAUCUGAAGUUCACUGAUGAUGCCGGGCUGAGAAAUAAAACGGAGAAUGAGAAGAACAGUCUGGAAGGUCAAGAGGACAACAAGGUCAAGGACUUGAACCAGGAGGUGGAGAAACUGAAGAAUCGCCUGAAGCAACUGGAGCUGGUUGAGGAGGACCUGAAGAACACGGAGUCCAAAAACUCAGAGUUGCUGGAGAAGUUCCAACAGGAGAAGAUCCGAAGCCAAACCCUUGCUGAGCAAGUUGAGCAGCUUAAGACGCAAGUCUACGGCAGUGGCAGCAACGGAGGUGCAGGCAAUGGCACGGCUAAGGUCUUGGAGAAUGGCAAGGUGGAGAAUGAGGACAUCAAUGUCCGGGGAGCGUUCCGUCAGGAGAAGCCGAAAUUGAGGAGUGCCGUUGCUGCGGAGCCUCUUGCUCAGCAGCAGAAGAGAGAGCCCAAACUGCGGAACAAGGACCUUAGCCAGUCAGCAGAAAAUUCUCCCAAGUCUGUCAGAAGGGCACAGAGUCCUGCACCCAAAAGCAGACGAGGUCCGAAGGCCGGUGCCACCCCUGCCUUUGACAACGGCCUUAAAGAAACAAGGAGAGGGUUUGAGGAGAAAUCCGUUCCAGGUUCCAGUCAGGCAUCAAACAGCGACAGCAAGAAGGCAUCUGUUCUCAGACGCUACCCGCCUGCUGCUAAUGACCAGAAAUCAUGGAAGACAACUCAGAAAGCAAGCGAUGUUGACUGUAAGAAAAGCCGGGUGGAGAAGUUCUCCAAGUUGUAUGGCGGUAGUGACAGUGAGUCCAACAGUUCAGAUGUGGUGCCUGUGACUUCCAGCAAGGCUGUGGUUGCUCUUUCAGCCACAAAAGACCCCGACUCUGAACAGGCAUUUGCAAAUCCCUCCCAGGAUUCCUCAGCUGUUUUGAGCCUCUCCAAGGCUAAUGGCUCCUACACGGCCUACCGGUCCCACGUUUCCCCAGCUGUGGCUAGUGACCAAGGAUCUGAGGGGCACUCUUCAGCCUCAGAGAGUGAAUCCACUGGGUCAAGGCCAUCGGUAGGGGAUCAGGAGUCUUCAUCCGCCACUGCAAGUGGCAGGUCAGCUAAUCCAAAGUAUCCCAGAUACUCUCAGAUCCACUCGGAUGGGUCUUCAACAAGGAGUUCCUAUGACGAGGAGGGGCACAGGGCUCUGAUGGCUGAGGGAGGCUCACAGGAACCGUCCCACUCACUCUCAGGGCUUGAGAUCAGGAGGGUCUGUAGUCCACGGGAAGCUCUGAGGUCCAAGGCAGUCAUCAAACCAGCCAUCGUUGAGAUAGACCGUAAAGAGGUCAUGGGCGGGUCGGGUGGUGGCACGGAACCUCUGUCAUCCAGUGGCAAGCCCAAGAUCUCUACCAAACCGGUCCUGACCAGCAAGAUGACAAGCAGUAUCACCAUCUACCCCAACGAUCCAAGCUCAUCCCGGACCAGCAGCAGGAGCAGCAGUGUGUGCAGUGAGCCAAUAGCAAAGGAGCGCCACACAUCUACCAGCAACAUCAUCAUUGGCCCAAGCAGCGAGCAUCGUGGCAGUGUGUCCAUCCCGUAUGAAAUUUCCAUCCCCAAGAGCGACAUCACGCUCAGGCCGUGCCAGGAUGAAGCCAACGACGAAGACAAUGGUGUCCCUCCCAGCGUCGUGGAGACGGCCCGUGUGGAGACGCACCUGAGGUCCCGCAGCAGCUUCAGCUUGCAGUCUCCUGAGAGUACGUCUGACUUUAACAACGAUGUUGAGUCGGGCUUCGAGAGCAGCAGCAGUAGCAGCACCACAACAGUCACCAGUUGGAGGAGCCAUAGUCAUAACCACCACCAACCCUACCACCACCACUCAUCCUCCCAGGACGACUGCCUGCCCGAGAUGAGGAACGUCACCGUUCGGAGCACCUGGAAGAACCGUGGGGCCCUGUCUGUGGAUGAGGUCAGCCACGUCCCUCAACUGGAUGGCUCGGAGGAUGAGUCGGAGUCCACCUGGAGGGCGUAUCGUGCCACCACAGUUUUGGAGGGAGAGGAAGCGGGCGCACUACCUCCACAUACGGAGGGGCGUGGAGGAAAGCUGAGCCCAGCAGAAGUUUACAUGCGGCGGAUCACCAGCAGCAGGGAUGCCCAGGAGCCAGGGAAUCCUCGUGUCAGGGCCAUGCAGUCAUCACCCUCCGACAGUGGGCUGGGGAGGACUGUGCCCCAUGAGCCUGUGAGUGCCAAGGAGCGCCAACUCUGGAGCCGAAAGCACUCUAUAGCAACGGAUGAGGGCGAAUCACAGCCAAGUGUGUGGCGAAGGCCAUCGCCCUCUAGCCUUGACCCUUAUGACCGGUCAUCCAGGACAGACGGCGGCAGCAGCGGCAGGACUGCCAUGUCCAGCAGGAGUGUGGUGGGUCGUACUCCGGACCGAAGCAGGCCUUGGACCAACCGACACUUGGACAACUGACCCUACGAAGACCGCCUCCUUCGCUCCGUCAAGGCACUCAGCUGGCCCUUAUAUGCUGGGAGUGAACCUCAAAUGCACCCUUUGGAAAACAUCAGUGGCUCUCUUCAACAACAACAAAAAGAAACACACACACACUUCCCUCGGCUUUAAGUUAUUCUCAGAGGCAAAAGCUCUUGCUUUAACUGUCUUGUGAGUGUUUGAUCGGCUUCAGUACCCCCUCCACACGCUCCUGUAUAACAGUCUCUAAGUGCAACCACCUACAAAUGGAUAUCAGCCAACUAUACAGCUCCCCGAAGAGGAUGGAUUUGGAACUCCUCACAUGGGGGGAAGGUGUAUGUCUGUGUCUGUGUCUGUGUGUCUGUGUGUGUGUGUGUGUGUGUGUGUGUGUGUGUAAAGGGCAGAAAUGACAGACAACUGAGAGAGUGAAGGAUUCUGGGAUUGGCCCCCACUUUAGGGACGAUGAACAUUGCUGACCUCACACUAGAGUUGAGGUGAGAGCUGAUUGAUAGUGAUGCACUCUUGCUGUGGAUUAUCUUACCAGGCCAUCAGAUGGAUUGUGGUCAUUUUGGGGACACUCAGGCCUGUUUUGUUUUUUGUUUUUAAUCAUGUCUCACAGCCCAUGUCACUUCCCUUUUCAGUUUUGUUUAUUUUGUUUUGCUGUAUAUCCUCAGUUGGGUAGAAUGGGCACCUCUGGGUAGUUUCUGUUUUCUUGUUUGGCCCUGAAGUGUCGCUUGUGCCCCAGCAUGCUUCCAAAUGCACAGAGAUUUUCAGAUAGGCCUAUAUUAAACUCCGUCUGGGGGCUAACUCUGUCCACAUCCAUGGCCAACGCAAGCAGCACAUCUGCCUGGGUUUUCCUGCUCAUUAAUUACUAUGACAACGCAUAAAACCAUAAACCCCAACACAUCUCAGUUUGAAGCAAAAUUGGUGAAAUUAAAAGGCAAACCUUUAAGUUUCGUUUGACUUUCCUCAGCCGUGUUGCCAUGUUUGGUAAGUCACCUUGUUACACAAAUUAAAAGCAUCAUAUUUCCAUGGCAAGGAAAGUGCUGGGAUUUCCAUGAUCUCUAAUUAGGCUCUUAAGUUGGGCACUGUGUUGGUGAUGGAGCUGAAAAUACCUCAAUAUUCUGUAAGUGUGCAGAUAGAUUGUGAUGUGGCAACUCUGAAAGGGCAUGGAGUUUGUUGCCGUCACUCAGCUAUGGAUGUCAAAGUCAAAGUACCUUUAUUAGUCUCUUCAAGGAGAAAUUUGUUUUGGACUCUGGGGAAAAAUGUGUCAUAUCCACGGUCAUCCCUGUAAAAGGCUCACGGGCUGUAGCCGUGUUAAUCCUUUUUUUUUGCAAGUUCUUCAGUAGUUCCUUUUUUGGUUGUCUCCAAAUGACUGUAGACGUCUGCUACAUGCUAUUCUUCUGUCCUCACACUCUGUCUCUCUACAAAUCUGGGGGGUCAUCAUUGGCACUCCUAACAAUCUCUCCGGUCUCCAAAAGGACAUGUCCACCUCCUCUUCUCCUUCCCUCUACUCCUCUUUGACCACCAGGGAAGCUGUCUCCACAGCAUGCACCUCUUCACCACCAGGAAGGGCCAGACUGGUCCAGUUCUGGUCUGACUCUGGUCCACAUCUGGUUAAGUUGCGGCCCAGGGUCUACAGUCCCUCCCCAGAUUGCUUUGAGGACGGUUGCCUCCACUCCACUAAGACUUAACGAGGGGAAACUGGAGGUUGGAGGCUGUUGCUUCGGCCAGUGCUUAUAGGUGCUGCCACUAAACUUGAACUGGAUGGAUUUCUUUUUGUUUUGUUUUUAUUUGUUUUUCUCCUCUCGCAAACUUUGCACAGACAACCGCGAGUGGACUUCUC